CUCGUUCAGUGGUGACCAAACGYUUAUUCGGGUCUUCGGGAAGCUUAAUUUUUUCUGAGUUUAUGUAUUGACUUGACCAAUGUUCUUAAAGGGCCUUAGCCUUACCGUUACCAUAGCGGAGUUGUAGCCUCGCGCGUGUCUGCAUUAAUGUUAAGUUUAUUAUUUUAUAACGCCACUCGAAUCUCGAAUUCUCGGCUGUCAAUUACGGAUUGGGAUCACUUAGUCCGUCAUGUCCAUGUGYGUGAGUGUGUUUGUGUGUGUUUUAUGCGAGAAUGAAAAAUGUAUAAAAAUGUAUAAUUAGUAAUAUUUUUCGUUUUGCAGUAAGAAGGGGGGAGGGUCAGUGGUUGGUUGAGUGGAGUAAUAUUAUAUUAUUAUUAUUAAUAAAGUUAUUUUCACAGGAUACACAUAACGCACUUAUUUUGGAAAAUAUUUCUUCUCUUAGCGAUUUUGUUUAUUUCUUGCUGUUUGAUAGGUUAUCCAUGGGGKUUCAUACGAGUCGAUGAUUUAAUAAUAUUAAUGUUUUAUGAUCGUAUUGUAUCGUGUAGUUGAACCAAAAAAAAACCCCCAAACAAUAGGGCAAUUAUCAUCUUCCGCCCAACAAUUAGCUCAACACACAAAUCUGAAAAAUUUGAAUAGUUAUUCAUCAAUUGGCAACGCUCUGUUAAAGUCUCUUUUAUUUUUAAUUUUCAUUAUUGUAACUUGYUGUACAAAAACAAUAUUGCAAUUUMAAAAAUUGCAAAAGGGCAAYUAUCAUCUUCCGCCCAACAAUUAGCUCAACACACAAAUCUGAACAAUUUGAAUAGUUAUUCAUCAAUUGGCAACGCUCUGUCAAAAUCUCUUUUAUYUUUAAUUUUCAUUAUUGUAACUUGUUGUAMAAAAACAAUAUUGCAAUUUCAAAARAAAAUYGUUGAUAUGUCUAUUAACAGCAAAGAAACUUCAUUCACAUCAUCAGAUGUCAGUAAUGAGAAAAUUACUGCUGAAAAAAUGCCUUAUAAGAGCUACAGACCUAGGUCUGUCUCUACAUGUUCAACAGAUUCAUGUAGUUCUGCUAGUUUAUCUGAAGAUGAUACUCCAGUUAGGUUGAAAAAACAACAAAAUAGUUCUGGAUUUAGUGAUUUUUGCAUUAAAGAUAUAAGGCUCAAAGACUUUGGAAAGCGUGAAAUUGAAUUUGCCGAACAAGAAAUGCCUGGUUUAAUGUCUCUAAGGAAACAGGUGAUGGAAGAUAAGCCAUUACGGGGAGCCAAAAUUAUUGGAUGUACACCUAUCACUGCACCAACUGCUGUAUUAAUUGAAACAUUGGGUUCUCUAGGCGCUGAAUUGAGAUGGAGUGCUUGCAAUAUUUAUUCAACACAGAAUGAAGUUGCUGCUGCUUUAGCGGAAGCAGAAAUACAUUCACGCAUWUUAAAUUAUAUUAAAUUUUUGUUAGGAAUAGUUGAAGAGAGCACAACUGGUAUUCAUCGUUUAUAUAAAUUAUUGAAAGCUGAAAAACUUUUAAUGCCAGCUAUUAAUAUCAAUAAUUGUGUGACAAAAACUAAAUUUGAUAACCGUUAUAGUUGUAGGGAAUCUGUGAUUGUAAGCUUAAAAAAAUGUACCGAUUUAAUGUUUGGUGCAAAACAAAUUGUAUUAUGUGGUUAUGGAGAAGUGGGAAAAGGAUGUUGUCAGUCUUUAAAGGGGCUUGGUUGUAUAGUUUAUGUCACAGAAAUCGAUCCAAUAUGUGCCUUGCAAGCAUGGUAUGCUGCAUUACGUACACCAGAGUUAAAAUGGGAAAAGGUACGUUCACAAGUAGAUCACAUCCGCUGGCCUGAUGGAAAAACCAUGAUUUUACUUGCUGGUGGUCAUCAUGUAAACUAUACCUGUUCAAGCAUUCCAUCAUUUGUCACUUCCAUUACUGGUACAACCCAGAUACUUGCGCUAAUGGAACUGUUUAAUGCUCCGAUUGGUCGUUACAAGAGUGAUGUAUAUUUAUUGCCGAAAAAAAUGGAUGAGUAUGUGGCAAGUCUUCACCUGGCUACAUUUGACGCUCAUCUUACAGAGCUUACUGAAGAACAAGCCAAGUAUAUGGGAUUACCAAAAAAUGGUCCGUUUAAACCAAACCACUAUAGAUAUUGAUCCAUACUUCGACAAUKCUGGUUAAGAUUAAAUACAAUUUACUAUUUUCCUUUAUGGAGAAUAUAUAUUAUUAUAAUUAUUUACAUUCAAAUUAACGAGGUGUCCUGAAGUUAUUUUGGAAGUGCUGUAAGCUCUAGAAUUCCAUUAUCUGACCAGCUGGGGAAAAAACUAUUUAUGCACAGAUUGUGUUUAUAUUUUAUACAUACAAUAUUAAUAGAUCAAUAAUAUUAUUUAUUUUUUUAAUUACAUUAUAACAAACAGAGAAAAUAGAUAGUAUAAAAAACUUAACAGAAUUUUUCAUAAAAUUCAUAUAGAUGUAGAUGUUAGGUGUGUGUGUACACAUUUCAAAGUGUCAAUAAAAAAAAUUAAUUCAUUUUUGAUCUAAUUUAAUGAAUAAUAAUUCACGUGUUUGUUCUUUAUUAGAAACAUGCCAAGUUAAACUAGGUAACUAUUAUUUGCACCCUGUAAUAGAUUAUAGAUUUAAUACAUUUGGUGUCAUAUGAAGUUCAAUUUUUACUCUGAGGCAUGUUUUAGUCCAUUUAUUCAUUUAAGCCUUGUGUUUAAAGAACCAAAUUUCAACUAUUAUCUACUUAUUAAUUAUUUAUGAUUACUUACUAUAUAAAAUAUACAAACUUAUGACAUAUAUAAGCAUUUGUACCAAAUAUUUUUUAUAAUUUUUAAAAUUAGAUAUCUUGUUGUCUUAGAUGAAAAUCUGAUUAGUUUAAGAAUGAWUAAAUAAAUUWAAAAAACGCUAGAACAUUUUAAAUUU